GCUUGUUUCGAGUGAAGUCCCAGCUGACGGAACAACUGCCAAUACCUAAACCAAACUAAAGACGUGAAACGUCUACUUUACGUUACACGUCAAUUUUUGGAAACCAUCCAUUGAGCAUUUCUUUCGAUUUUCGAAAAUUGCUCUUUCUAAUUUACAGCAAUUAAGGAACAUAAAAAAAAAUAAUAAUCGUGGCAUCAACCGUCUUUGAAUCCAUAUACUGGAGCUGAUGCCACGCAAAGUAAAAGCUUUAUCAAAAGUAUUGUCUUUCCUCGUCGUCUUCUUUAUAGCUCAAGGUGCAGACAGACUUUUUUGUUGGAUGGCUAUUGUUAUGCGCCGCCCAAGAUCCACCUCCAGGUCCAAGUCAAAGCAUAAAAUGAAGGUAGAUGCAUAAGAGUUCAUGAAAGGAGAAUGCGAGUGACUAGGGGUAUUCUAAUGUUGAAGAAAAAAAAAAUCGCUACCGUAGAAACACCAGCUGUUGGGUAAUGGGGAACCAAGAGAAAAAAGGGGGAGGGA